AUCGCGGAAAAACAUCUGGAUUAUUCGUUAUUUUUGACGAAAAGUUGUCUAUUAAUCUUAAAAUACACACGAGGUGUAAAGAUCUGAUUUUUAAAAAAAUCAUGGCUUUUCAUGUACCAAAGGCACCGGGCAUGGCCCAAAUGCUUAAAGAAGGAGCUCGUUAUUUCUCAGGUUUAGAAGAAGCAGUAUAUGGAAAUAUAUCAGCAUGUAAGCAAUUUGCACAAACUGUUAGGACUGCUUAUGGCCCAAAUGGCAUGAAUAAAAUGAUAAUUAAUCAUAUUGAAAAAUUGUUUAUUACUAAUGAUGCUGCUACAAUUAUUAAUGAAUUAGAAGUUGAACAUCCAGCUGCUAAAUUGAUAGUUCUUGCAUCAAAAAUGCAAGAAGCAGAAGUUGGUGAUGGCACUAAUUUUGUAAUAAUUUUUGCUGGUGCACUUCUUGAAGCUGCAGAAGAAUUGCUUCGUUUGGGAAUUACUACAUCUGAAAUAGUUGAAGGAUAUGAAGCUUCGUUAGAGAAAGUUUUACAAAUAUUACCAACAUUAGUUUGUUAUGAAAUAAAAGAUUAUAAAGAUGAAAAACAAAUAAAAAUGGGAAUUAAAACAGCUAUUAUGAGUAAACAAUAUGGAAAUGAAGAACCACUUACUUCUCUUGUUGCACAAGCUUGUAUUUCUAUUUUACCAAAAAAAAGCACUUUUAAUGUAGAUAAUGUACGUGUUUGUAAAAUACUUGGUAGUGGCAUAUCCAGUUCUGAAGUUGUACAAGGAAUGGUAUUUAAAAGACAAGUUGAAGGAGAUGUUACAAAAAAAGAUAAUAGCAAAAUUGCUGUUUAUACUUGUGCUGUAGAUAUCAUACAAACUGAAACAAAAGGAACAGUAUUAAUAAAGACAGCAGAUGAAUUAAUGAAAUUCUCUAGAGGAGAGGAAUCCUUAUUAGAAUCUCAAAUAAAAGCAAUUGCUGAUAGUGGAGCUAGUGUGAUUGUUUCAGGAGGAAAAUUUGGAGAUAUGGCUUUACAUUAUAUGAAUAAAUAUAAUUUAAUGGCUGUUCGUAUACCUAGCAAGUUUGAUAUUAGGAGAUUAUGUAAAACUGUUGGAGCUACUGCACUUUCAAAACUAGCUCCACCAUCAAAGGAAGAAUUGGGAUAUGCAGAUUCAGUAUAUAUUGAUGAAGUUGGUGAUACUAUAGUAGUAAAGUUUGCAAUAAAUGGUAAAGAUAGUCGUGUUAGCACUAUAAUUGUUCGAGGAUCUACAGAAAAUUAUAUGGAUGAUAUUGAACGGGCUAUCGACGAUGGAGUUAAUACAUUUAAAGGAAUAACAAGAGAUGGAAGAUUUGUUCCUGGAGCGGGUGCUACGGAAAUUGAACUUGCUUCACAGCUUAGUACUUAUGCAGAUACUUUACCAGGCUUAGAACAAUAUGCAGUACGGAGAUUUGCAACAGCUCUAGAAGUUUUUCCAAAAACCUUAGCAGAAAAUAGUGGAAGUUAUGCUUCAGAACUUUUAUCCAAACUUUAUUCUGCACAUAAAGAAGGCAAAAAAAAUUAUGGUUUUAAUAUUGAUCAAAAAGGAGGUCUUAUCGAUACAGUUGAAAGUGGAAUUUUAGAUUUAUUCUUAACAAAACAAUGGGGUUUAAAAUAUGCUGUUGGUGUUGCAUGCACUGUACUUAAAGUCAAUCAGAUUAUUAUGGCAAAACGUGCAGGAGGACCAAAAGUACCAGGUGGUGGUAUUCGUGAUGACGACGAGUAAUAUAUAAAACAUUUCACAUAUACAAAUUUCAAUGUAUACAUAUAAAACAUUUAAUUACUCAUUAAUUCUUAUAUUUAUUUUGUAAUGUUAUAUUAAAUUGGCUUUACAUUAAACUUCAUGUUAAACAAAAAUAUUUGUAAAGAAAACAUUAAUACAUUUAUUCACACUUUUUUUAAUGAAAAAAACAUACAUAAAAA